AUGUCGGUCGGAAAAAUUAGUGAGUUUGACGUGAAAACCGGUAACUGGACUGCUUACGUGGAGCGGCUAGAAAUGUAUUUUGUGGCAAAUUCAGUGAAGGACGAAAUUAAAUUGCCUACCUUGAUCGCGGCUAUGGGUGAAAGUGCGUAUGAACUGUUAUCCACCCUCGCGAGUCCUAAGAAACCCGCGGAACUUACGUAUUUGGAUGCAGUUGUACUAUUACGUAAUCACUUGCAACCGAAACCAUCUCCGAUGGCGGAACGUUAUCGUUUUAGGCAAAGAAGACAAACAGACACUGAAUCGAUCAGUGAUUACGUGGCGGCAUUAAAGAAACUAUCUAGACAUUGUGAAUUCGGUGCAGUCCUACAGGACAAUUUACGGGAUCAGUUGGUGUGCGGACUUCGAAGUGACGUCAUACGGCAGAGAUUAUUCGCGGAAGAAAAAUUAUUGUCCUAUGACAAGGCAGUGAUUUUAGCGGGAUCGCUGGAGGCAGCGGAGCGGGACGCGGCGCUCGUGGAGUCGGGCGCAGCGGUGACGUCAUCGCAGGCCGCGGGUCAGCUGCGCGGCGAAGGCGGCGGCAGGGCAAACGGGGGGCUGAACGCCAUGCGCGUCUGCCAGCGAGCCCGCCAUACCUGGCACAGCGCAGUGGCAGGAAGCGGUGGCGGCGGCGUCGGCGCAGGCCGCGCGGAUGUGCGUGGUUCGCUAUGCGGAGCUUGCGGAGGUGUUGACCAUGUUGCCAACGAGUGCAAGUUCAGAACCUACAUAUGCAGCAAGUGUGGCGUGAUGGGCCACCUACGACGCGUGUGUUUCACAAAUAACCAGUCGGUGGCGCCGGGCGCCUACAACGGGAACGCGGCGAAUGUACAGGGCUUUGGAAAGAAAAGCCGGAACAACGGUCGCGGAGGACAUAAUCAGAGACUGAAAACAAAUUAUGUCAAUGCAGACGAUGGGGCGACAUUGAGUGAGUACCACUAG